AUGUAAGUAUUGUUAAUUUAUGUUUUUUUUUUUGUUUAUCUUUCUAUUAUUACAUCUUCUAUACUAUUUAGUUAUUGUAUUUCGACAAAAGAGUUUACGUACUGUACCAAAUUUACUUAUUGUUUCAUUGGCCGUUGGUGAUUUUUUAUUCGUACUCUUUUGCGUACCAUAUGGAGCGGUUACUUUUGCAUUCAGUUUUUAUCCAUUUCAAAAUUAUUAUUGUCAAUUUGAAAUAUUUAUUAUUAACAUGUCAUUAGGUGUCUCAGUAUUUUCUCUAUUAGCAUUAUCUGCUGAUAGAUACAAAAUAAUAACAAAUCCAUUCAGUAGUCAUGCUAAUGAUCCAGCCAUUAAAUUGAAACUAAUUGUCAUUUUUAUUUGGGUUAUAUCAGUUUUAUUAGCAACACCAGAAGCAGCAUACUCGGGUAAGAAGGUGAACUUAACAAUAAUAGAUAAAAAUUUCUUGUAGAUCAAAUGAUUGAAAAUAUAUCAUAGAGAAAAGAGUUUUCUUCUCCAUUUAUUUAUUAUUACAAAUAAAAAUAAGUUCGACAGUUUUCAAAUAACUAAUUCGCUCACCAAUAUAUUUUCAUCACAGUCAUCUCUAGUGAAUGUGUACUUGCAUGCACGUGUUUGAUCAAGUACCCUCGCAAGUUUUAUCCAACGUUCUUGCACUUUUUUGCAAGUAAACCAAGUACUUGCCAGGAAUACGAAGUACUUGAAUUGCUUUAUCUUCUUGUCAAGUCCCGUGCCAAGCACUUGUCCAAGUAAUCCCAAGUACCUGUGAGAGGUUCAACAAGUAAAUCAAGCACCUGGCAAAUGCUUUCAGAC